UAAAGAAGAACAACAAAGUUCCCUCCAAUUAAAAAUCCUAAACCAUCCUUAAUUACGUUCCUUUGCGCUUCCAAUUCUUUACAGUACGUCUCAUCAAUGACAGAAAAUGAAGCCGUCGAUCCGAUCCGACCCGAAUUUCCUACCGGAAGGGUAAAAAAAAUCAUGAAACUUGACAAAGACAUCAAGGUAAACCCGGAGGCCUCAUUCCUCAUUUCCUGUUCCACCAAUCUUUUCCUCCAAUUCCUCGCCGAAAGAUCAGCAGAAGUCGCCGCCGAGAAGAAGAAAAAGACGGUAAAGAUUGAUCACCUCAGAACUGCCGUCAAAAGACAUAGACCAACGAUCGAUUUCCUUCUCGACUCACUUCCAGUUCCAGCCGAAUCUAUCCAGUCCGUUGCUAACUCAUUGAGUGAUCGAGAUCUUUCCCGGCCCGUUGCUGAUAAACCCGCCCCGCCCUGGCUGGAACUCGCCGCAUAGACCACUUCUUUCGCAAGCCAGAAAAUGAAGCUCCGAUUCAGAUAAACGAUACGUAGAAUUUCCUUUUAUAUUUAGAAAAAUCUAUAUUAAAUGAUAGUUUGCUUUUGACAAAUUUGAUUGUACUCGGAUUUGAUCGGGUUUUAAAUUAUUGAGUUUCUUAUUUAGGAAAGGAAAAUU